CCAAGUCAGUAUCGCGUCAGUCCUCCAGCGGAAUUGGUCAGUGAUCUGUGUCAGAGCAGGGCCAGUCGUCACUCUCCUUUUCUCUCUCGUUCAUCCGUCCGUCUUCAACGUGUAUCGUCCGGCGCACGUCGAAGUAUCGGUGGUUUCACGCUAUUACUCCGUUUCGUAGGUUUGCUCGCGUUACGCACGCCCGCUUCCUCCCUUACCAUAUAUAUACAUAUCUAGAGGGUUAAGCGUACAUAAGUACCAACGUACAUAGUACAUAUACAGUAAUAGUACAGUGCUACAGUGGAGUUACCAGUGGGGAAAACAAAAAUUAGUUUGCAAGCGGACGUGCCUCACGGCGACCCUCGUCCACCACGUUCUGGAUCGUACAGCGACAGCAGGAACGACAGGAAACCCGGCGGAUCAUCCACGGGGAGAGAGCAUCGAGAUUGUCGAAUCAAGACGCACAGGACGAAAGGCAACGAUUGCAGAUGGAGCAUAGAGGCGCGGCGCCGGAUCAGCAGGAGUAUCAGUAGCGGUCAGCGAUCUUUGGGGCCCUGAGCGGGCCCUGUGGACUGGGACGUCGGCGCCAGGGCCCGUGCUCGCGACGGUGGGCGGCGUUGGAGCGCCGCGAUGGCCGCGACCGACGGUCAGAUCGUGGUUGCGGCGGCACGUUGGGCCGAGGAAGCGACGUACUUGCGUGAAUUCGUGUCCAAGUAUCGUCUCCCGGCGGUGAUCAAGAUCACGAAGGGCCAGUACGGUGGUCUGGGCGUGCCGACCCUUCCGGCGCCCAGUUUACAGAGUACUGCCCUCUUGGUGUCGGCCGGACGUCGACGGAAGAUCGUUGCUCAGGCGGUGAAGAUCAAGGAAGGUCGUAGGGUGGUGGGCGUAGGGCCGAGGUUGGCUAUUCCCGAUUCUUACGCGGGUUACUUCGAGAUUCUGAGCGAAGAGGGUAGAGCGGUGCGCGGUAUCGAGUCGGUGAGCGAGCUAUGUCGAAGAUGCCCGGAGGAAGGAGCAUUGGUACGAGAAACCGUGAGGGGUAUAGCUUGCAGAGUGGACGACGAGUCGGGCAUAGUUGUUCCCGAGGGGACGAGGACCUUGACUGCCGGGGAGACGAUCGUGACGGCAGGGGAAGUGAGUCUUCCUGGUCGCGGUAGAUUUCUGCGUUGCGUCGACUGUCGAGGGGACAGCGUGCUGCUGGGCAUGGAGCAGCGUGGCCGCUUCAGCGCCCUUGCACGCGAGGACAACAUCAGCGGCGUGCACACGGCCAGAGCGUUGCUCAGCAAGCGUUUGCCUUUGACAGUCAGACUGGUGCACGGACAGCCGCCCAGGGGGCUGAAGUCGUCGUCGCAGUUCGUGCCAGAGCUCAGGUUGUUGUCCACGUUCGAAGAGGAGCACGUGUUCGCGUUGCCGUUGCAGAGAGAGGGCGCCGCAGUGGCGUUGCCGUUGGCAGCUCCGCUGAAACUGGUGAAGGCUAGGAACGAGGAAGCACUCAGGUCGAUGCAGGAGUUCACGAGGCUGGUGGAACGCGCGUCGCGCCUUGUCGCCGACGUGGCAGAUCGCGCGCACGUGCUGGACGGUCGUCUGGGCGAGAGCAAACCCUCCAGACAGACCAGAAGUGGUUCGGGCUUUCUCAGGCGGUCGUCGACCAACUCGGACAACGGGCCGUUGAGCCACCACAGAAACAACGCUAGCCAUCAUCAUCACCAUCAUCAUUAUCACAGCAACGGACAUCAGGCGUCCUCUGGACACGCGGGAUACAGGGACGAGAACCGCGUGCCUCCUUCGGUCUGCACGGAGGAGUACGACGAGAUCGAUCAGAUCUACGAUUACGUUCGCGGGUUCGCCCCGUUGCCGAAGAGCGUCAGGUCACCGUACGAGAGUCCACUGCCCGCCCCGCAAGGCUCUAGUCCGCCUUUGACACCUGUCACCGUGACAGUAGCACCUCUGUUGGACGACAGACCGGAACCACCGCCCAUAGAAACCAUCCCGACCAAGAAGAUACAGGCGGAGAAGAGAACGAGGCGCGCCGUGAAGGAGGCACCACAGCCCAGGGUUGAGAAACCACCGUUAGCUAAGCUGUACGUGAAGAACAGCGGCACUCAGAGGGGUCGCCCUUUGAUGAGGCAGAAGAGCGCGUCGCCGUUGAAGGAAACGCCUCCCGGCUACAAGGGAGGCUCCCCGCUUUUCAACAUCCGAUACAAGAGCCUGACGAACCUUCAACAGGCCAUGGAACUCGACGGCACCUUGGACUCCAGUCACUCUGGGGGCAGGACGUCGGGGGACUCCGGUGCUGGUGCUAAGCUACCGGAGAAGAGAUCGCGGCGUUUGAGCAGACCACGUUCUCUGACGAAUUUAGUGUGGGAGCUUCGCGGUGGAAGUGGGCUAGGCUGCGCGAGACCGGAAACACCACCGCCCGCCACAGCCGCGCCACUGCCACCGACCAAAUGUGGGCCACGUCUGGCUGUCACCGUGGUGGCACCCCGGCGUGUCGGCACGCUCUACCUCUAACUCAUUCGAACCGACGAAGGGCAGAAGAAGGCGAAGAGCGGUCCGGAUGGGGCGUCAUGGAUCUCCGAUGUCUUCGAUUAAUCAAAAACCCCUAGCCAGAGCUCAAGCAACGACAGACGGAUCUACGAUCCGUCGACGAACCCACCAUUUGUCCCUGAAACUAGAUUCAUCGCCAUUUCGAACCUUUGAUACCGCGAAUACGCGCCGAGUAGAAGAAAGGAAUCACGAUCGCGAUGCUUCGUCAAUAUUUCGAAGCAAAAGGAACUGGGAAUCCUUGAAGAUAACUUUUGCAAAAGAAAAGCUCGACUAUCUUUUUCUGUUUACAUUUUCAUAAUAAAGUUGCAUUUUUUAAAUUCCAGUCGAAAAGGACUCUGCGGCAAUGGUGCAAAUCUUCAACAGCUUUUUUUUUUUUUUUUAAAUUGGAAUUUGAAGAAACAAGAUUGAUAGUAAUUUAAUGUAAAAUUGCAGCGAGUUCUUUUGAUAGAAAUCCAAGGACAAUUUCGUCGUCCUACCAAAGUCUGAGCGACCUUCUUGAACGACAUCGAGUCUGAGUUUCCCAGAUUGAGUUGGAAUGAAUAAUUCGACGAUGGGGAUAAAUCGUUCUCAGAUGAAAGAGGAACGAACGAGGGAAAGUGGAAUGGUCUAAUAAAAGCGUCUAUGAAAACAUAUGAUUUUAUUGGAUCACGAGACUGUUAUUCAGGAGGAGAAUGACCAGGUAAUAAUUUUGAUAGCGCUUCUCGUGAAGCAGAAAUUGCGGAAUCGUUAGGCACACGGUUGAUUGGCAAAGAGAAAGAGGGAUUCACGCUGAAACGCGCUGUUAGUUAAUCUAAUAGGAAGCGUAGUUAAGGAUUUACGAAUGCCAUAAUAAUGACCAACUUCUUGUGGUUGUACUUAAGUCAUACCUUUUACACUUUACUGUUUACUUUUUAAGACUAAUUAAGUUACUGUUAAGUUACAUAAAUAUUCCAUUAUCGGACCGUCUUCUAUCGACAUAAAUGCUAAGGUCUUUGUUUUAUCAUUCAUUUUUUUUUUUUUUUUAAUUUCCUUGUGCAUGUCUGUGUGUUUUUACUACGACAAUUCUGGUACUGGGAGAUUCCUUUGGGUUAUCAUUAGACAGAAGUUUGAUCAAUCUUUUUCUCACAGCUCGUAUCCAAAGUUCGAUUACACCUGUGAUGUUCUCUGCUUUGAACUGAUAAAACCUCAAACGAAAGAAUGGGACCAAAAUGAUCCGCACAGUGCCCUUUUGCGAAAUGCAAACGAUCAAAUUGUUUGUUUUUACAUUAACUUUGUUCUGUCUUGAAUGCUUCAAAGGACGUCGACGAAAGCCUACGACAGCCAAGAUCGCGUACAGGAGCUGUUUAAUAAACUCCUGAAAUCAGGUGUCGAGACCGCCUGUCGGUUAAUGGUCCUGGCCAGCUCACGCGCCUUGGACCUUGGUCUCACUUUUGUGAUUAUUAUUUAAGUAGAUUCUAAGCAUACGAUAGUAUAGGCUAGACUUUUUACAAUGUUUCUCUUUCCAUACAAGAGAAUUCGAUACUUAAAUUUGACUCGUUCCCUUAUCGGAAUGGCUACAUCAUAGCUGCAAACGUAUUUUAAUAGACCGUUUUAAAUGAAACUCAACAAGAGAGAUGAUGCAUUUAUAAUAUGAAAAUCCCGCCAAGAAUAUGAUGUAGACGAAACAGAAGCGGAUUGUAAAUCCUGUGUCAAACACCGGUCAUCGAUUUUCCCUGAUAUAGUUUUUACGUAUUUCUGUAACAUAUAAGUUUCCCUAGUUGUAACAGUAAAGAAGGUGUAGAUUU